GACCCUAGAUCAAAGAGGGGCGUGGUGACGAUCGAAAGAUGCUGAACGUCGAACGUGAACGGCGAUGAUCGUACGUUCAGACGGUAAAAACUCUUUCUAGCUGUCUACACACCAGGAAGGCGAGUGGAAGAUGAACGGCACAACGCACGGAGAGCCCAACAUCUCUGAUCUAGACGUCACACAGGUGAAGCUGCUGGCGGAGCAGUGUAUAGUUGUGGACGAGGAGGACAGAGAGCUGGGGGCUAGGUCCAAGAAGGACUGUCAUCUAAACUCCAACAUCUCCUCUGGUCUCCUCCACAGAGCCUUCAGUGUCUUCCUCUUUGACUCAAACAACAGACUGCUCCUGCAGCAGAGGUCAAAGGAGAAGAUCACAUUUCCAGAGAUGUUUACAAACACAUGCUGCAGCCACCCACUGUUCCGGGAGGAAGAAAGGGGCGGGGCAGAGGGUGUGGUCAGAGCUGCUCGGAGAAAGUUGCAGCAUGAACUAGGCAUCCCUCCAAAGCAGGUGCCUGCGGAGUCCUUCACAUACCUAACCAGGAUCCUCUAUGAGGCCAAGUCAGACGACGUGUGGGGAGAACAUGAAAUUGACUACAUUCUGUUUGUCAAGAGAGACGUGAGUGUGUCGGCCAACCCUAAUGAGGUCAAGAGUCAUCGCUACGUGACAGAGGAGGAGCUGCGGGAGUUGUUGAGAGAGGCAGAGAGGGAGGGGAGUGGGGUAGUGGUGACUCCAUGGUUCAAGGCAAUUGCUGACAACCUCCUCUUCACCUGGUGGAGCCAGUUGGACAGUCUCCAGCAGUUCCAGGACCACCACAACAUUCAUAAGAUGUAACUACAUAUCUAUACACCACUCCAUUGUGUGAUGUUGAUUUUGUGUUCUCCUUUGCCAUGUCUUGGACAAGCAAUUUCUUCAAAAUUUUACUCCGCAAAGGAUCUGCGGCCUCAUAAGUUUGCACAUGUAUGGCUUUAAAAAAGUGUUAUUAUGAUGGUGAGAGAAGUGAUGAUUGUAACAGAGAGAGGAGUCUGUUCAUGAUAGUGGUAUUGAUGUGUGGCUGGGGAAUGGAGGAGUAGUGACUGCACUGGUCCAGUACAGCUCCCAGCUCUGUCUCUAUGCUGGCUGGAGGACUGUGGAGGAGGGAGAGCUGCAGCCAGCCAGGUGCUAGUAGGUUGGCACACAACACCUGAAGAUUGUUGGAGAUGAUAGGUCCAGAGCAGGUGCCUCUGUCACAGGAGAUGCGGCAGUCAACAUACGUACAGUCAGAGUCGCGAUGACACUGCCUCUCUCUGUGGACACAAAACAGAUCGGAGGACGUGUCGAACGAACUCAGGUCCAGAUCAAUGGUCUUUGCUGUG